AUGGGUACUGUCCAGGGACUAUGGCAGUGUGCGAGUCAGUACCGUGAGCACCACUCGGUCUUUGUACUCAGCAGUUUCUGCAUCGUGUACAUUGCACUGCAGACCUUUGCCAUCCCUGGUCCUAUUGUGCUAAGCAUUCUUUCUGGAGCCAUGUACCCAUUUCUACAGGCCCAGAUAUUGGUGGCUUUUUGUGCUACUACAGGUGCCUCGUUGUGCUUUAUGCUGUCCUACUUUUUAGGUCGUGGAGUCUUUAGUCGACUGUUUGCUGGCAUGAUGGGCCGCUUUAAGGAGAAAAUCGCCCAAAACCAGAAGAACCUCUUUUACUACUUGCUAUUCCUGCGGAUUACGCCUCUAUUGCCCAAUUGGUUCGUCAACAUUGCUUGUCCGUUGGUGGACGUUCCGUUCAAGUAUUUUUUUAUGGCUACAUUGAUUGGUUUGAUCCCAGCCAACUUCUUGCAUAUCUCGACGGGUGCAACGCUGAAUAGUGCUGCUGGAGUGUCGAGUGGUAGCAAUGCCGUCAACUUUGCCGUGCUUUUUUUGUUGCAAUUUGUGGCCUUGCUGCCGACGCUGUUCAAGGGCAAAAUUGAAAAGUACGAGAAAGAGGCGUUUGAAAAGACCAAGAAGACUGAGUAA